AUGCGCAAAAGCGUACACUGCAUGGAUGCAGAUACUCGUGCUAUGCCACCUCCUCCUGUUCCUCCUCGACCACCCCGUCUGCCGCCGGCUCGGGCACCCGCUGCUCCAGUUCCUAGGGGCCUGCCGAGGUCAUAUCCCGUUGAAUUUCCCAUCGAUAUCCCCUCGACGUCAUCAUAUUCCUCCUGUACAGAAAACCACAGAAGUCAGGUAUAUCUGAACGGUUUAGUGUCUGACGAGGAUACCUUGGUUCGUGUAAAACACCGUCGUGAAAAAAGCAAUUCAUUGAGUAACGUGGCUAACGGCGCAGCUCGUCGUCUUCGCGUCAGAAGCACUGCCUCAUCAACAACUACGGAGGGUGACGACGCCAGUGGUAGUGCAGGAGUGGAUGGAGUAGAGUCAGAAGAGGAGGACGAUGAUGGUUCUUGUCCCUCUCAUGAAAGUUUUGUUGAUUUGAAGGACUCUGUUCGUGAAUGUCUAGAAAAGGAGCCUAGCGAACGUAAUGCAGAAGAUUUGGCUGUUCUUCUGGAUUUCAUGCAACACAUGUCAUCAUUUGCUUCUCUUCCUAUGUCUAUAAAAAGGCAGCUGUGCUUGAAAAUGGUAUUUGCUGUAGUGAACGAUGCUGGUACUGUGGUAAUGCAUCAUAACGAAAAACUCGACGCAUGGUCCGUCAUUGUCAAUGGUCUCGUCGAGGUGGUGAAACCGAACGGUGAAAGGGUUGAGUACAAAUUAGGCGACUCGUUUGGUGCUGAACCAAAUCCAGCAGUUCAAUAUCAUGUUGGGGAAAUGCGCACAAUAGUUGACGACUGCGAAUUUGUGUUAGUUGAACACAAGGAUUUUUGUUCAAUUAUGUCGACCAUUAGUGAGCAUAUCGAGAAGGAUCGAGAUGGAUUGACAGGCGAAGUUGUGUCAGAGAUGAAAGAAGAACUGGUCUCCAUCAUCAAUUACCAUUAUAUUCGAGAAGCUCCUGAUGAUGGUUUGCUGACGGAGCGCUUAGGGACAAGGGUGCUUUGGAGCUUCGAACAGAGUCUGCUUAAUAUUGCUGUUCGUGAAAGCCGUCGAUCCGAAGCCCGUCCUCGAACGGUGGUUUACUCGAGGGCAAAUAAGGAUGAUGCGUUGCAUUUCUCCAUCCAAGGAGGUAAAGAGUGUGGUUGCGGUAUUUUUGUAAGUGAGGUGCAGCCAGAUUCGCCGGCGGAGCGUUGUGGACUCAAAAGGGGGGACGAGAUCUUGGAGAUAAAUGGGCAACCUAUGAAAUAUCUGACCCUCGCAAAGGCUUACGAAAUUUUGAAGGGCAGUAUAUCGCUUGCUAUCAACUUAAAAAGUAAUAUUCUUGGAUUCAAAGAAUUACUGGGAAAAGCUGAACGUGAUGGCUCGAAGACGUCAGCGAAAAAUAAAGCGCUAGCUGGGGUUUUAGCUCAUUCUAGAGGUAGUGUACCGAACGUGAUUCCCGUAAAAGCAGCUAAAACAAUCAAAUUCACCGGACACAAAACCAGUAUGAUGGAUAAGUUGAUGACUAUACUGAAAUCAACGAAGGAUGGCGAGGACACUACUGAUGAUGUACAGCACACUACCACAAGCCAGUUGCGCCCUAGCAGAUCGAAUCCUGAUAUUACCUCCAUAUCUCAAUACUACGGCCCUGUGAAAAGCGAGUGUCCCGAGCAUGUGCUAAAGAUUUAUAGGAGCGACCAGACGUUCAAGUAUCUUGCAGUAUACAAGGAAACUACGGCUCAGAAUGUGGUUCAAUUAGCAUUACAGUUGGACAAGGCCCGCCUGUGCGAGGCUGCACUCACGUGGGAGAGAGUUUCUGGAGUAAUGUGGGUGAAUGAAACAUCAUUUUUGUACAAGUUCAAGCGAAUUCAUUUCAGAAAGUAUAUUCGCAUGCUUGAAGACGUUCAACAGCUCGUCGAUCCUUCACGAAACAUGUCCAAAUAUCGUCAACACCUUGCCGAAGUGUCACAGGAACCACCAGUCGUCCCAAUCUAUCCGGUGAUCAGGAAGGAUUUAACGUUUUCACACGAAGGAAAUCCAACCUACUGCGAUAAGCUUGUUAACUUUGAAAAGUUGCGGCUCAUAGCAAAAUCCGUACGAGCAGUCAGCAAGUUGAGCAGCGCGCCGUAUGAAAUUUCCAGUAUGGCUGCAAGGAGCGGAAACUUAAUAAGCGACGCUUUGCUUCACAUGAACACCUUCGAAGGAGGCAACGUAGCGACUAUGAGAAAAGGAGGUCGUGUAGUUCAGCCAAGGAAGAAAGUUUAUGAACAAGCUCUUAUGGUUCGAAAAGUGAAAGCGUAUUUGGACGGAUUGCGAGUAGUGGACUCGAAUCUGAGUUGGAUCGCCUUAGCUACGAUAUUGAGCCGCAACAACCAGUCAGCAGAAUCUAAUUCAACAGAACAACGGCGAUUCAAAGGCGGUGGAAUGUUUGGCGUGGAUUCCCCACAGGCGGUUCAAAAGAUGCUGGGUUUGGUUCAGACGAGCAGAUCCAAAGGUGCAGCUUCUCCGAUGCCGUCACCAGCAUCCUCUGUUUCCACUAAAGGUCUGCAGCGAAAUGUGCCUCGGGUAUCCGCUAGACAGCAUUCAACUUCAGUUCAGCGAACACCCUCUUUUAAGCAGGAACCUGUUGAUUUAAAUAAGGAGUCAAGUUCUGUCACCAGUUUUUACGGUGCUGGUACUAUGGCAAGACAACCGUUUCCUGUUUCAACAAAGCCUCCUCACGCUGCCAUAACUGUUGUGCAACCUGCUCGUUACAACAAGCGUAUCAUCGAUCGUUCUCCUCAUUCUACGAAUUUGUAUCCGGUCACUGUGAGAAGUUCCUUAUGCAGCGCAGGCAUUUAUGAUUCCGUUGCUCCUUACUAUUCCCUGAAAAGGUCUAUGAACCUGCAGAACUACGCUGCAGGGGCUUCAGCAGCGGCAAAGGAGAAUUCAGCCAAAGAAGUUUCCUUCAUCAAUGGAGAACAAUCGUCCCAUAUCUAG